AUGGUGUGGACGGUGUCAGCUGCUCAUGUGGAAAAGCCAAAAGCGACGGGGAGGAACGCCACGUGGCGACCAUCCGACGGCUCUUCCUUUUCGUUUGAUACUUCCUGCUGCCCAAAUGUUUUAAUAUCUGCAACGUGCCGACACGUGCCUGCUACAGGUCACGUGCGUGUAUGGCUUUAUCACGGUCUACACGUGCCUGGUCACUUCCUGAUGCUCUCUAGCGUUGCUCCUCGCUCCAUCUCCACAUUGCCAUGUGGGGCUCAUCUGAGCAAAUGCUCGAGCAGGACGGCUGUAAUGCACCACUGCCGGCGUUUACGAGCUGCUGAAAAUUUCCGGUGUCUUUGCAGCGUAUCGGUUGCCGAGCCUUCGACCUCAGGGACCUCUUUUAGCUCUGUAAAGAAGAGAAUAGUUUCAGGUGUCCAGCCUACAGGAUCAAUACAUCUCGGCAAUUAUCUUGGUGCCAUAAAAAAUUGGAUUGACUUACAGAAUACAUAUGAGACAUUCUUUUUUAUUGUGGACCUCCAUGCGAUAACAUUGCCAUAUGAUACACAUCAAUUAUCUAAAGCGACAAGAGAUACUGCGGCUCUUUAUUUGGCAUGUGGUGUGGAUACUUCCAAGGCCUCUGUUUUUGUGCAGUCUCAUAUCCGUGCUCAUGUAGAGUUGAUGUGGCUUCUGAGUUCUGCCACCCCAAUCGGUUGGCUCAAUAAGAUGAUACAGUUUAAAGAGAAAUCACGGAAGGCUGGGGAUGAGAACGUUGGGGUUGCUCUUUUAACUUAUCCUGUGCUGAUGGCGUCUGAUAUCCUCUUAUACCAAUCUGAUUUUGUGCCUGUCGGUGAGGAUCAGAAGCAACACCUCGAGCUGACUCGAGAACUAGCUGAGCGUGUUAAUUAUCUGUAUGGAGGAAGGAAGUGGAAGAAGCUGGGAGGACGAGGUGGUGCUAUCUUUAAGGUUCCCGAACCCCUUAUUCCGCCUACUGGUGCUCGUGUGAUGUCUCUAACUGAUGGUCUUUCCAAGAUGUCUAAAUCUGCACCAUCUGAUCAAUCUCGAAUUAAUUUGCUUGAUUCCAAGGAUUUAAUUUCCAACAAAAUAAAACGUUGCAAGACAGACUCAUUUUCAGGCUUGGAGUUCGAUAAUCCUGAAAGACCUGAAUGUAACAACCUUCUCUCGAUAUAUCAGCUCGUUACUGGCAAGAAAAAACAGGAAGUUGUAGAAGAAUGUCGAGAUAUGAACUGGGGAACAUUCAAACCCCUGCUUACUGAUGCUUUAGUUGAUCAUCUGCAUCCAAUCCAGGUUCGCUAUGCGGAAAUUACGUCAGACCCCACUUAUUUGGAUGACAUUUUGGCCGAGGGUGCCAAUAAAGCUACAUCCAUAGCAAACGUCACUCUCGACAAUUUGUACCAGGCAAUGGGAUUUUUACGGAGAUGA